AUGGCGAGCUUCGUUGGCUUCCUGUCUGGAGCAGACAAGUACGGCCGCUGGGUGCCCGACAGCGAAAUCACCGCCAGCGCCUACCUGGGCGGCUCCACCGUCGACUUCUCCCAGGCCCUCUUCCAACACCCCGUGAUCACGAUCUCCAGCACUGCCUUCAUGGGCAGCGUCACCCUCAUCGUCCCUCCCGGCGUGGCAGUGGAGCAAGACGGCUCCGCCAUCUUCGGAGGCUUCGGGGACGCCGGAGGCAUUUGGUCCAGCAGCCAGAGCUCCGGUAUGGCGGGCCGAGCACCCAUCACGCUUCGCGUCGUGGGCACCGCAAUGAUGGGCAGAGUCAACGUGGUCGUGAAUCCCAGGGCACCGCCUGCCCAGUUGCUGAGCCAAGAAGAGGUGACCAGGAUUUUGCGAGAAGUGCCCGCGGCCCCAUCCACGACGGUCUCCGACCUCCUGGAUGAAGCCUUCAAGGCGCACGGCAGUGGCGGCAGCUACCCACAGCCAGAUCCACGGCAGGCACUGCUGCAAGGACUCGCGGCCAACGCAGCCGCAGCUGCCGCGGCCUCCCACAAUCACAACAGCGUACCGGGUGUUCCAGUGCCGGGGAACGGCGUGCCGUCUUCGCCCGCUCCGGUUGUGGCUAGCGACGCGCAGCUGAACUUCUCCCCCCACACCGAGGACACCGAGGACCAAAGCCAGCCUUGGUUACUCUCAGAUGAAGUCCAAGAUCGCCAGGACAUCGGCAAAGCGGACGACCAGGGAUGCUCCAGUCCGACGAACGCAAAGGAAGAGUGGUGGCAGCAACAGCUACUGGCAGAGCAGCGUGAGUCAGAAGAGAGGACGCGGACUCUGCGGGAGAGCACCCUGGCGAGCCUGAAGAGCCCGAGCUCCUCCCAGGAGGCCAAGGAGGCCGCGGCUUCCGAGAGCCCGGUUCCACCGGCCCAGCGGGCCCAGGUCGUCGUCGUCGGGGGCGGCAGCGCCGGGGCCCACUUGGCCUAUCGCCUCUCCGAGGACCCGAAGCGAGAGGUCCUCCUUCUGGAGGCUGGGCGCCAGGACAACUCCCCGUUCCUGCAUGUGCCCGUGUUCUACUUCAAGGCGAUCGGGAGCUCCUUCGACUGGAGGUACCGGACGGAUGGGGAGACUUCAGGGCUGAAUGGCCGAAGCCUUGCAUGGCCUCGCGGGAAGGUCUUGGGAGGUUCCUCCGCUCUGAACGGUUUGCUCUACAUCCGGGGCUUGAAGCACGACUACGAUGCCUGGGCUGCUGCUGGUAACCAGGGUUGGAGCUACGAGGAGCUCCUUCCCCACUUCCGCCGCUGCGAGGAUGCCCCCUUCGAUCAUCCUGAUCGGGGCACCGGCGGACCUAUGAGUGUCUGCGACGGCAGCUACCGCACGGACCUUGCAGAGCGGUGGUCGGAGGCUUGCGCGGAGGUUUGCGGCGUCCCCCGCGUCCGGGACAUGAGCCUCGUGGCAGCGGACCCCGAGUCCCAGGGCGCCGGGGUGGCGUACUUCUCCAACUUCAAGACCCCAGGCGGCUUCCGAUGCUCUAGCGCACUGCCUUUGCAUGAAGUUCGGCACCAGCGGAGCAAUCUCCACAUCCUCUGCAAUGCUGAGGCCGAGAAGUUGAUUCUGGAUGGCUGCCGCGUGGUGGGGAUCCGGGUGCGCUGUGGAAGCCACACAGAGCACGUGAUAAGUGCCGGGGAAGUGGCUCUCUGCGCCGGGGCGCUAGGCUCACCGCAGCUGCUUCUGAAGAGCGGCAUCGGAGCCCCGAGCAGCUUGGCAAAGGCCAAGGUGACCUGUGUUCAUGCCUUGCCCGGCGUCGGCGAGAACCUGCAAGAUCACCUCCAACUGAGGCCCAAGUUCCGCGUCCGGGCUCCCACCUUGAACUCGCAGGUGGGGCGCUUGGCGAGGUUCGUGACGGAAGGUGGGUUGCUGGGUUGGACAAGAGCGGCCCUGAGCAGCGCUGCUUUGCGUUACGCCUUCGAGUUCCUCAAAGACCGCACGGGGCCCGUGUCGAUGGCGGCCUCCCAGGUUUGCGCCUUCGUUCCCUCCGUCAGGAACUCGUCGAGUCCCCCGGACUUGCAGUUCCACUUCCAGCCGCUGAGUACCACAGGUACGCCGGCUGUAUUCUUGGACACCUUCGAUGCUUUCACCGCGUCGGUCUGCAUUCUCAGGCCUGAGAGCCGCGGCCGUGUCGAGCUGCUCCCGGACGGAAGGCUCCGGAUCUCGCCACACUACUUGUCAACGCCUGGAGAUGCCGCGCUGGCGGUGAAGAGCCUCGAGCUCGCCCGUGAGGUCUCCCGACAUCCGCUGCUGCGUGAAGUCGCUGCCAAGGAGGUGGAGAUGCCGGAGUCCUUGGAUGUGAACUAUGCGCGGGAGGUAGCUGAGACCAUCUACCAUCCGGCCGGAACAUGCAAGAUGGGACCCGACAGUGACGAGAUGGCAGUGGUGGAUCCCAUGCUGCGGGUGCACGGAUUGCAGGGCCUGCGCGUGGUGGACUGCUCCAUCAUGCCCACGAUCACUUCGGGCAACACGCACGUGCCGACGGUCAUGAUUGCCGAGAAGGCCGCGGCCUCCAUGGCGAUGCUCUGA